AGGAAUGUUUGAGUCGUGACACUGACUGAAACUCGUUUUAAUCGAGACUCCUUUCCAAUGGGGAGCUUUUCAACGUGGGCGAAAGCAGGCUGAUAAAUACAGAUGCAGGAUGGGAGCCGGCGACUGAGCUGAAAAUGGACACAAAGUACUGCUCUUGCAGCUGUGGAGGGCAGGGAGCAUUACUGCCGCUCACUUUGAGUCAGCCUCCCCAGCGGAAACAGACGCGACCACCACUCAUGGCUCAGUGUGUGACCGUGGGGCUGCUGCUGCUCAUUCUAGCAGCUCUGGCUCUACUUCUCACAGUGGAGCUCCGAGGGCGAGGCCAACCCGCGUCACCGGACAGCCAGCUGACAAUGAAGCCUGAGAGACAAGCAUCAGAGGGCAGCUUCGAACAUCAGCACCAGAAAGACUCCAACCAUCCAAGUGCCAUGCUAACAGCUCCAAAAGGCAAUAAGACUGAUGGGCAGUAUCUUCUAUGGGAGAAAAAUGAAGGAACUGCUUUCUGUCACGGGGGUUUCGACUACUCCAGGGGAAGCCUUGUCGUGCCCCGGGAUGGCCUCUACAGAGUCUUCCUGCAGAUCACCUAUGAGGGCAAAGGUUGGCAGGAGUGUGGCAGGAAACUCAACUGCAAUGUGUUUGUUUGGCAGAAAAGUUACAUUCAGGAUAAACCUCUCCUGAUGUCAGUUGACACAAUAGUGAGUAAGAAAUCGAGGUGGGAGAAAUCCCUCUAUACAGCCGGCCUGUUCAACCUGGAGGCUGACAGCAGGCUACGAGUCACAUCAUCCUGCUACGAAGGUAUUGUUUUUAACGAAUACCACAUGUUCUUUGGUGCUGAACUCCUGCCUCAUUAACCUGAUCGUUAGGAUCACCUUCACCUACUCUGCAAGUAGUUCGCACCUUUGACCCCAUUGAAACGUAAAGGGACAGUUUGGGUGUUUCGGGUUGAAUGCGAUACUUUUCAAUAGUCAGAGUUUGAUCAGAAGAAGGAAGCUAAGGCAUGUACUGCUGUGGACGGAGGGCAUCAGCAAAACAUAUUUUAGAUACCUAAAAGGCCCAACUAAAAGAGAAAGUGUAUGCCAUAUGUAGAAUUAAUUUGACAUACAAACUGAUGGAGGCAGCCAGAGACCUGACUCUUGAUGAAGACUGGUGACAAGAGAGCAUAGAUGGUGGCUUAAGUUCCCUGACCGAAAGGGCUGUCAGAAUGCAGGAAAAAAUGUAAGGUAAAGUUAAACUUAUAUACUGCAUCUACUGAUAAGAACCUCGUAACCCACGUCAAAAUAUCCAAUGUACCCCUUUAAGGGAAGAUAGUUUUAUGCUUUUCUUCUAUUACUUCUCAUGAAGAGUCUUUACUAGCGAUUAAGCAAGAAGCUACCAGAACCUGCUCGACCAUAGGUCUCUCUUCACCUCACACAAACUGAGGACUUAGUGAUUUAACUGAGAUGCACUAAUCUAAAGAAAAUGUAUAUAUAUUUUGAAACAUAUCCUAUGACUUAUUUUACAAGUUGAAGUAUCUUGAUCAUUUAUGCAGAACCCAUCAUGCUUUAUUUAUUGUCUGUUUUUGUUGAUUGAAUAUUUUUGUGAUUGAGACUGUCGGAUGACCCUGAGGAUUUUAUAAUAGUCAACAAGUAUUUUCUGACAUUUAAAAAAAGUGAAAAAACUGAUAUUCCAAAAUAAUGAACAGAUUUGUCUGGUGUGGUGUUAAUGCUAAUUGAAUAUAUUGAGAAGGCUCACAGAGAUGGGAUGCCAAUAAGCUAAUAUGAUGAGGAUCCUUCUUGUUAAAAGGUAUCUCAUGUAAUUCAUGUUGAAUACAUAUCAAAGGAUUUUCAAAAGCAUCAGGAAUUAUUCUUCAAGGAACAAGAUGUUCCACAGCAGAUUCUGCAGAACUCAGUCAGUGCACAUCACGCCACGCCUGUCUCAGCAGGGGAAUUUUUCGGCUCCGUGGGUUGCAUAAGGAAGUUGGAAGAGAAGUAAACAGCCAAAUUACUGGCAGAGGUGAUGCUCAGGCCUCCGCAGUGCUGCUGACACUGGGCAUGUCAAAACCUCUUUUGGUUUGUUGAUGAUUGAAAAUAUGCUUUCAACUCUGCCAAAGACAAAUAGUUAAACUUCUCCAAUAAACAGAACUCAAGAUGCUUGAUGAAUGCCAGAGUGUAGACAUGGUUAAAGGGUCAUCAACCCCCUGCUGUGUGUGUGUGUGUGUCGCUGGGGCUCUGUAAGCUGAUCACACAUGGAAAGGGUUGUCUCUGUUUUUCUUCACACUGGGCUCUGCGGUACAAUAUGCUGACCUGUUAACUAAGUUAAAGCUGUGUUUUAAUUUAUUAUUGAGCUCAUUGGUUGUUUCGACCCUGCACACUAAGUUGUUGCUAUGCAAAUUGAAAAGUCCCUACUUUCGAGGACAUCAUAUGAUUUGUAAAUGUCUAUAUUUUUAUGUAUGUGUUUUGCAUUUUGUUAAAGAAAUGUUACUUAAAACCUAAAUAAAACAAAUACCACAA